GCCAUUCUCCUGCCUCAGCCUCCCGAGUAGCUGGAACUACAGGCGCCCGCCACCAGGCCCGGCUAACUUUUUGUAUUUUUAGUAGAGACGGGGUUUCACCGUGUUAGCCAGGAUGGUCUCUAUCUCCUGACCUCGUGAUCCGCCCGCCUCGGCCACCGCGCCCGGCCGAAAAUCUGAAUAUUUUAAUGGAAAACUGGGAGUGAGAUUCGGGAAUUACUUGACACCAACAAUGAUGGGUGGUGCCAGGGUGGGAACGGCCCAGGCGAGAUGCGGGACCCUCCAGGUGCCGCCGCUCACAAGGACCCCCGACUCCUAGCGCACCCUCCCCUGGGCUUGGAGGUUCCCCCGGGCUAGCGGCUACCGGGAGAAGGCGGUGGAAACGGUAGAGCCCGCGGCUCUGAUUGGCUACCUCAGAGCAAGGGGCGGGGCGGCGGAGGACCCGAAGGGCGCGAGAGCGGAACACUGCGUACGCGCACUUCCGGUCUUUGUGGCUUGCAGCUCGGGGUGGGUGGCUCAUUUCCUGGCCGCUCCUGGGCUUCGCGGAAAGAAGAGAUUACUCACACUCCUUCUCAAGCACAGAACCAGUUGUACUGAGCUUUUUGCUAAGCUGUUUCAGCCAAGAAUGGCUGUGGAAUCUGGAGUGAUUUCAACUCUGAUACCUCAGGAUCCUCCGGAACAAGAACUAAUACUAGUGAAAGUAGAAGAUAACUUGUCCUGGGAUGAGAAAUUUAAGCAGAAUGGGAGUACUCAAUCCUGCCAAGAAUUGUUUCGUCAGCAAUUCAGAAAGUUUUGCUACCAGGAGACACCUGGGCCCCGGGAGGCUCUGAGCCGACUCCAGGAACUUUGCUAUCAGUGGCUAAUGCCAGAGUUGCACACAAAGGAGCAGAUCUUAGAACUGCUGGUACUGGAGCAGUUCCUGAGCAUUCUGCCUGAGGAGCUGCAGAUCUGGGUUCAGCAACAUAAUCCAGAAAGCGGCGAGGAAGCUGUGACCCUGUUGGAGGAUUUAGAGAGGGAGUUUGAUGACCCAGGGCAGCAGGUCCCAGCUAGUCCACAGGGACCAGCAGUGCCAUGGAAGGAUUUAACAUGUCUCAGAGCAUCCCAAGAGUCAACAGACAUCCACCUCCAGCCCUUAAAGACACAGCUGAAAUCCUGGAAACCAUGCCUUUCCCCUAAAAGUGAUUGUGAGAACAGUGAAACAGCAACAAAAGAGGGCAUCUCAGAAGAAAAAUCACAGGGACUCCCUCAGGAACCUUCAUUUCGAGGAAUUAGUGAGCAUGAAAGCAAUUUAGUGUGGAAGCAAGGAAGUGCUACAGGGGAGAAACUAAGAUCUCCUUCCCAGGGGGGCAGUUUUAGUCAAGUGAUCUUCACAAACAAAUCUCUAGGAAAGAGAGACCUUUAUGAUGAGGCUGAAAGAUGCUUGAUUCUAACUACAGACUCUAUAAUGUGUCAGAAAGUUCCUCCAGAAGAGAGACCUUAUAGAUGUGAUGUAUGUGGGCACAGCUUCAAGCAGCAUUCCUCUCUAACACAACAUCAGAGAAUCCAUACUGGAGAAAAGCCCUAUAAAUGUAACCAGUGUGGGAAGGCCUUUAGUUUGAGGUCCUAUCUUAUUAUUCAUCAGAGAAUUCAUAGUGGUGAGAAAGCAUAUGAAUGUAGUGAAUGUGGGAAAGCUUUCAAUCAGAGCUCAGCCCUCAUUAGACAUCGGAAAAUCCAUACUGGUGAGAAAGCUUGUAAAUGUAAUGAGUGUGGCAAAGCAUUCAGUCAAAGUUCAUAUCUCAUUAUACAUCAAAGAAUUCACACUGGUGAGAAACCUUAUGAGUGUAAUGAAUGUGGGAAAACCUUUAGCCAGAGCUCAAAACUCAUUAGACAUCAGCGAAUUCACACAGGAGAGAGACCCUAUGAAUGUAAUGAAUGUGGAAAAGCUUUCAGGCAGAGCUCAGAGCUGAUUACUCAUCAGAGAAUACAUAGUGGAGAGAAACCCUAUGAAUGUAGUGAAUGUGGAAAAGCUUUCAGUUUGAGCUCAAACCUUAUCAGACAUCAGAGAAUUCAUAGUGGAGAGGAACCUUAUCAGUGUAAUGAAUGUGGCAAAACUUUCAAAAGGAGCUCAGCCCUUGUUCAGCAUCAGAGAAUUCAUUCUGGGGAUGAAGCUUAUAUAUGUAAUGAAUGUGGGAAGGCUUUCAGGCACAGAUCGGUCCUUAUGCGCCAUCAAAGAGUCCACACUAUAAAGUAAUUUUUGAAUACUGUGAAUAGUGUAAAUACUUCAGUCAGAUUUUUAUGUUUGUUAGUCAAAAGAGUUUACUUUGGAGCAAAACUCCAUAAAGGUUAUAAAAUACUAGGUCUUGAGUCUAGCUUGCUUUGUGCAGCGUUUCCCAGUGCUAAUGUAAAGUGUCCCUUGAAAGCUUUUCCUGUGACUAAUCAGAACAGAAUACAGAAGAAUCAUUACUUCCAGCUCUUCUCUUAUUAGGAAUACUCAGGAAAUACGAAAAGUGGGAAUGUAACAUUGAAACCUCAUUUUGUAUGAAAGUGUCAUGAAUAUAGCAACCCAGGCUCUGUCACUGCAUCUGAUUGUUAGUGUGCUAGGUUAUGGGGCUGGUGUGGACUGUGUGAGGCACUUUGUCUCAGGAACUAAAAAAAAAAAAAAAAAACUGACCCAAUAAAGAACAGUGACAGAGCAGCAGGAAAAGUGGGGAAAUGGCUUCAUCAAUGAUUUGUUGAGCCCAGGGCAGGCCAGGAAUUAGAUAGGCAUGAGAAGAAAGAAUAUAAUUUACCCAAAGUUUAUUUUUUGAGUACCUACUUUGUCCCAGGAACUAGGAAUACAGUGGAAAACGACUGUAGUCUCUACAGUCUAAUGGGCAAGGCAGCCAGACAGGCAGUGAAAGUGGAAUGCUCCUAUGUGACCUUAAGGAGCACCUGACUCAGCCUUGGAUAAGGAAAUGGGGGAAAUGGCCUGAAGGAUGAGGAGGAGUUAGCCAAGGUGGUACUCCAGGGAAGUGGUACCCCAGUAAAGAACAGUAGCCAAAGGCCAGAAACAAAGUGUGGAGCAUUCCUUGAGUUCCUGUUGUAGUGAGAUCUUGUCUGUCAGAGAAGUCUGGGUCUGGCCAGACUCUUAAGCAGUGCCAAUGGAGAAGUUCCUGUUAAUAGACAAAACCUGGAGCCCUUGGGCCACAGGGUAGUCAAGAGCUUUGUCUUGGUUUAUGUGACCCCAGGGAAAGGGCAAAUAUGUGGUUUCCUUGCCCAACCUGUAGGCUAUCCUACAACUUCCAUGAGGGUGGUGGUGGGAAUGAGGGUGAGAAAGAGCCCAGCCUAUACCUCAAGAGUCUGUUAGAGUGUUAAGACUCUAUUCUCCUUUGAGUCUAAACACAAUAUCAGAGCUGCUGUCAGGUUUCUUAAAAUUCCCAACGCUCUGGAUCAGAAGCUGCCAUAUCAUUUGUUUCUGGGGCUAUACGCCCACAAUUCCUAGUACAUUCCCUUGGGCUUUGGUGCUCAAAAAAUAUUUGUCAGUUGCUGGGUCUGUGACAUUCUUUGGGCACCUCGCACAUGUUCAGUUUUGUCUUACGUCACCAGUAUUUCACAAUAUCUUUUGCAAUUUUUUUUUUUUUUUUUUUUUUUUUGAGAUGGAGUUCGCUCUUGUUGUCCAGGCUGGAGUGCAAUAGCACGAUCUUGGCUCACCACAAACUCUGCCUCCUGGGUUCAAGCGAUUCUCCUGCCUCAGCCUCCUGAGUAGCUGGGAUUACAGGCAUGCACCACCACAGCUGGCUAAUUUUGUAUUUUUAGGAAAGACAGGGUUUCUCCAUGUUGGUCAGGCUGGUCUGAAUUCCCGAUCUCAGGUGAUCCGCCCGCCUCGGCCUCCCAAAGUGCUGGGAUUACAGGCGUGAGCCAUGGCGCCCAACCAUCUUUUGCAAAUUUUAUUAAAGACAAUGCUAAAAGGAAGUGACAACUGAAACUAAUGGUCACAGUCAGUCGAGACUUCCCUUUUCUGAGGGGCCUAGCAGGAAGAGAAUAUUUAGACUGAUGCUUAGUGUAAGAAGGAAUGUUGUACAGGUUAGCCAGCAACACAAAGACAUAUUCAAAAGACCUAAUAGGUCAGAAGAAUAACACACCACACCAAAAACAAAUCUGUAUGGAAAUCUAGAAUCAUGUGCAUAGAAAAAGAAUUUUCAUGAGGAUAAAAAGAAGCAAAGAGAAGUAAUGCUCUUAUUGGGGCAUGCAUCAGUGGACAUGUGCUAACCAGUAAGAACAGCAGGAGGCCUAAAUGCCGAUGUUUAGGGAGAGAAUAUGGAAAAAAUUGAUGGGAUUAUUUGGAAAAGAUGUAAGAUAUUAAAAUACAUGGUAAGAGCUACUCAACUCUUGUUUUCCUCCUUUUCCAUAGAUAAAGACCUGAACAAACUGAAAAGGUAGGACGUAAAGUAGGAAUUGUAAAACGGAAAUACUCUUUAUAUAAGAAAGCUCUACUGUAUGUCAGAAAGCAAUGUAAUAGAUAGACCAAGCACAGUGGCUCACACCUAUAAUGCCAGCACUUUGGGAGGCCAAGGCUGGAGGAUUGCUUGAGUCUAGAAGUUCAAGCCGAGCCUGGGCAGCAUAGUGAGACCCCAUCUCUACAAAAAAUAAACAGAAUUUGCCAGACGUGGUAGUGCAUGCCUGUAGACCCAAGUAUUUGGGAGGCUGAGGUGAGAGGUUCGCUUGAGCCCUGGAAGUCGAGGCUUCAGUGAGGCAAGAUCACACCACUGCACUCCAGCCUGGGAGAGCAAGACCCUGUCUCCAAACCAAAAAAAAAGGAAAAAAGUAAAUGUAACAGAUACUUGCUAAGGGCUUUGUAUAUACUUAUUAUUGUUAUUUCUCAGCACGUAUGUAGCAGAUGAGGAAAUGAAGGCUAAAGGUCAUAUAUCUACAAAGUGGGGAGGUCAGACUUUGAACCCACAACCUGACUGUGGAGCCACUUCAGUAUACUCUCUCCCCAUAAGAAAGUUCCAAUAGAAAAAAAAAAUGCUACUUAAGUAGGGAAAUCACAAAAUAAGUGCCAAUGAACAAUAAAUGUUCAACCUCACUACAGUUAAAAUGUAUAUUAAAGCAAGAGUUGAGAUGACACUUUUCCUUAUAAAACAGACAGGGAUUCAGGGACAUUGGGACUCUAAUGCUGCUGGUAAGACAUGAAUAAAUACAUACCAUCUCUGGCAAUCAAUACCAGAAGCCUUAAGCAUUGCCUUUUGACUUUGAAGUUGUACCUGGAAAUGUAUGUUUCAGUAACCAUCAUGAAUGUACACAAAAUCCUGAAACUGUUAAAACUGAUGUCACAGGCCAGGCACAGUGGCUCAUGCCUGUAAUCCCAGCACUUUGGGAGGCUGAGGCGGGUGGAUCACCUGAGAUCAGGAGUUCGAGACCAGCCUGACCAAUAUGGUGAAACCCCGUCUCUACUAAAAAUACAAAACAAUUAGCUGGUGUGGUGGCAUGUGCCUGUAGUCCCAGCUACUUGGGAGGCUGAGACAGGAGAAUUGCUUGAACCCAGGAGGUGGAGGUUGCAGUGAGCCGAGAUUGUACCACUGUAUUCCAGCCUGGGUGACAGAGUGAGACUGUGUCUCAAAAAAAAAAAAAAAAAAAAAAAAAAAAACUGAUGUCAAUUAAUAUUAAAUGAGGUAUUCAUGAUAUAUUGUUAAGUAAAAAUAUUACAAAACAAUAUGUACAGUAUGAUCCUAUGUAAAAUACAUAUUUAUGUAUUAAAAAUACUGAAAACAUAAA